AUGAAGGCUUUACUCACCCUUCUCCUGGUGUCUGUCGCGGCUUGUAAGCCUACUGUUUAUCUCAUUCGACAUGGUGAGAAGCCGAAGGAUGGAUCCAAUGGAUUAAGCAUUGAGGGGGUUGAACGCUCUCAGUGUCUCCGUACCGUGUUCGGAAACGCCACGGAUUACAACAUCGACUAUAUUCUGGCACAAGCGUAUAAGCCAAGCGGCAAGAGAAAGCGACCCUAUGAUACAGUUCUGCCUCUGGCUGAAGAUCUUGGCCUCAAGAUUGACACUCACUGUGACAGAGACAAGCCCAAAUGCGUAGCCAAGGCUAUAAAGGAGUAUAAAGGAGACGGAAACGUUCUCAUCUCCUGGGAGCACAAGAAACUCACCGAUGUCAUCAAGGCUCUGGGCGUUGAUGACGCGGAGAAGUACCCAUCCGACAGGUUUGACGUGAUCUGGACGCUUUCUAAGAACUACAAAUAUAUCAAGGAUAAAAAGUCAGAAGGUUGUCCGGGAUUGGAUGAAAAGUAUGCUGGUGAGGAGCAGGACUUUUGUGAAGAGGACUAG